AAAAAGAAUAUGUUUUUGCUUUUCGAAAGAUCAUUUGCAACUUUUUUCUGAUGCAAAUUUAUCCAGUAGAUCAGAGACAAAGUCUAAUUAUUCAACUGCCCUUUACAUCGCGUAAAAACGAAAUGAAUGAAUGUACGAAAUUACUUCCGCUACUUCUACUUUAAAUUAUUUGUGUCGCAACUAAGCGCGUUUAAUUGCUUUUUCAAAACUUUCCUAAAUUGUAAUCAGCUUUUACGUAACGAGAAGAUUUCAAGUGGUUGCAUGCAUUUCCUUCAUGACUUUGCUGCGGUAUUUAACAAACGGCAUAAUAUUUCCGUUGCAUCUCCCUUGAGAAUAUCUUUAAAAAGCGAAAGCAGAGGAAUUUCAUCUGCUGUAAUGUUUUAAUGCAAGUUUCGUUAUCGAGAAUGACUUCUCUUUAAAAAUAAUUUCAAUAAUCAAAGGAACAAUAAGUAUAUAAAACAUGAAACUUUUAUAGUGAAAUAGGUCUCAAAAAUAAGAUUAAACAUUAUUAAAUUACUUAGAAUAAGCGCAGUGUUUGAAAUAUUCUAAAAUUACGCUAAGGAAAGAGAAGAGGAGGGCAUUCACGUUUUCGUAAUAAAACGAUAACAUUGUGAAUUUUAUGAAAUGCGGAUAAUUCUAAAUUUUUAUGAGCCGAUCGAUCAUCGUUACUCGUUAACGGAUAACACUUCUCAAUCAUGUUCAUCAAGUGUGUACCAACUACUUCGUUAGCCAGCGAUUCUGCUCAGUUUCACGAUAGUUUCCUUGGAUUUGCUCGUCGUAUUUCUAUCAAUGCUGGCUCAAUUAUAACCAUGCCGAGUAAUCGAAGAGGAAAAUUUACGGUAAUGUGGUCGAAGGGACGUGCAUCGGCGGUCGAGCUCGUACGUCCCGCGAUUGCCUCAAGGUGAAGCUGCCGGCAGCAAAGAAACGGGAGAGGGAGAGAGAGAACGAGUCGGUGUGUCGCAAGCUCCUCGCCCUGUUUCAUCACCGCAAGCCUCGGGACCCACUUCGCGGCUCGAGCUCUGCCUCGUCGGUGCCCCUGCUCGAUAUGGGCGCCAGAGCAUGGGACUACGAGGCCCUACCGGAGCUCCACACCUCGACGGCGGUUACGCCGACCUCGACGCCGCCGACGUCCCAGCAGAAGGCACCGAGGGUGUAUUUUCAAGCGGAGAAUCUGGCGUCCACCAGACGGAGGAGCAGCAGCAGACUGCUGACGCCGCAGCAGUCCUGCAGGAGACGCAGUCGAAGCAUGAGCGCCUGGAGCGACCUGUCCAGGUCGUCUUUCAGGUUGGACGAAAGAGUUCGCGUCGAAUAUUAUGUGAACGAAAACACAUUCAAGGAACGGCUGCAGCUGUAUUUCAUCAAGAAUCAACGUUCGAGCUUGAGGAUACGACUUGCUAAUCUCUUCUUCAAAUUACUAACAUGCUUCCUGUACAUAUUCAGGGUUGUUACCGACACCGACCCAACAUUCGCAGCAUGUUACGAUUGUAUGCCAGGCAACAAGAGCGAGUUUCUCGUGUCGCAAAACUUGACGGAGGAGGAGUUUCAGGAUCACCCGACCAUCAACUGGGAUGCGAUUGUCUGGGUCAGAAGACCCUUGGAGCUGUGGGUAGUUCAAGUGAUCUUGGCGAUGGUGUCGUUAACUGAGGCCUUGUUACUCGCUUACCUCGGUUACAAGGGAAAUGUCUGGCAGCAGCUUCUAUCCUUCCACUUCAUCCUGGAAUUGGUCAACACAAUCCCAUUCACAAUCACGUUAUUAUAUCCACCAAUGAGAAAUUUGUUUAUUCCGGUGUUCCUAAACUGCUGGUUGGCGAAACACUCUCUGGAAAAUAUGUUCAACGAUCUACAUAGGGCGAUGCAGAAGUCCCAAUCAGCGUUAAGUCAACAGCUGAUGAUCCUUAGUGCUACGUUACUGUGCCUUGUCUUUACUAGCGUAUGCGGGAUCCAGCACUUCCAAAGAGCGGGGCACAGACAUUUGAACCUAUUUCAAAGCACAUAUUAUGUCGUAGUGACAUUUUCCACGGUGGGCUAUGGAGAUUUCGUGCCGGACAUUUGGCCUUCGCAACUUUACAUGGUCAUCAUGAUCUGUGUGGCGCUCAUAGUAUUACCUACGCAGUUCGAACAAUUAGCUUUCACGUGGAUGGAACGUCAGAAGCUGGGCGGCUCGUAUUCUUCGCACAGAGCGCAGAGCGAGAAGCACGUUGUAGUUUGCAGUACGACGUUGCAAGCCGACACUAUCAUGGACUUUCUAAAUGAGUUUUACGCCCACCCUUUGCUGCAGGAUUAUUAUGUAGUUCUUUUGUCACCGAUGGAACUUGAUACUACGAUGCGAAUGAUCUUGCAAGUGCCGAUCUGGGCACAGAGGGUAAUUUACAUUCAGGGCUCGUGCUUGAAGGACGGCGAUCUCGCGAGAGCGAGAAUGAACGAGGCGGAAGCCUGCUUCGUGUUAGCAGCGAGAAAUUAUGCCGACAAGACCGCUGCUGACGAGCACACGAUACUGAGAUCGUGGGCAGUGAAAGAUUUUGCGCCCAAUGUCCCUCAGUACGUUCAAAUCUUCCGUCCGGAAAACAAGCUCCACGUGAAGUUUGCGGAGCACGUGGUGUGCGAGGAUGAAUUUAAGUACGCUCUAUUGGCAAACAAUUGCACGUGUCCCGGUGCAUCCACGUUAGUCACCCUGCUGUUGCACACGUCCAGAGGACAAGAAGGUCAACAAUCGCAGGAAGAGUGGCACAGACUAUACGGUAAAUGUUCCGGCAACGAGAUUUAUCACAUAAUUCUCGGCGACUCCCGCUUUUUCGGGGAGUACGAGGGAAAAUCCUUCACAUACGCAUCCUUCCACAGUCACCGGAAAUACGGAGUUGCCCUUGUUGCGGUCAGGCCGGCGGAACUUCCGGAAUUUUACGAAGAUACCAUUCUGCUGAAUCCUGGCCCGCGGCAUAUAAUGAAAAAGACAGAUACUUGUUACUACAUGAGCAUCACGAAGGAGGAGAAUUCCGCGUUCGUGGUCGCGAAUAAUCAGAGCGGCAUCGUCGGCGAGGGGACGCAGGUGAUCAUCGAGACCAAGACGGACGCGACGUCCGCGAGCAACGGGUCGACGACGAACACGACGACGACCAACACGACGACGGCGACCAUGAAUUCGGGGGCGACGUCGGCGACGACGACCACCACCACCACUACAACGACAAUAUCGACUAGCUGCCCCGUAGGUGGCGGCGGCGACGGGAAUGGUACAGCAAUCAGCAACGGUGCCGAUGCGCACCAGAUGCGAUUUUCCAACAGUUAUAACGUUGCGCUGAGCGAAACACUACGCAGGCAGGAGACCUGCACGGGGCCCCGUGCACAGGACCGGCCUCAGAACGGUCCUCAGGCUCACAGGGCCCCGUUGCCGCCGCAGGUUAUUUUGCAGGUCCUCCCUAGCACGCCCACACCAAUCCAACACCACAACUUACUCGCAUCCGAUGUCCACCCGACUUAUCUCGAUCCUGGAGGAUUCGGCGACUCGAGGCAAUGCUUGAAAGAGGGAGGAUCAUCGCCACAAACACCAAUCACGGGUAAUCACCUUGACGUGCCACGAUCUCUUGAUCCGAAUCCUAAUCUACUGAGUCCAGAAAUUCUAACUCAAAGAAGAGGAAGUAGAAGGCCGAGUAUUCUACCAGUACCAGACAUGCUGACUAGCUCGACGCUGCAUUUGCCUGGUCAAGAAUCCUUGGACCACGACGGUGACGAGUCAGAGGACGAAAUGGAUGACGAUGUCCCCUGGAGAUCGCCAAGCGAGAAAAUCGCCUUCAAAGGGAUUGUCAAGGGAUUCCCGCCGGUUUCACCCUUCAUUGGAGUUUCGCCGACCUUGUGUUAUCUUCUCAAGGAGAAAAAGCCGCUCUGUUGCCUUCAACUGGCUCAGGUAUGCCAGCAUUGCAGCUAUAGGAACGCCAAAGAAUACAAUUGGCAAAAUAAAACCAUCAUAUUGGCGGCCGAUUAUGCAAGCAAUGGGAUUUAUAACUUUAUAAUACCAUUAAGAGCACAUUUUAGGUCGAAAACGUCAUUGAAUCCGAUCAUCCUUUUGCUGGAGAGAAAACCGGAAAUCGCGUUUCUCGAUGCGGUGUCCUACUUUCCGCUGGUUUAUUGGAUGCGCGGCUCCAUCGACUGCUUGGACGACCUCCUUCGGGCAGGUAUUACUUUGGCGGAGAACGUCGUGGUCGUAAACAAGGAACUCAACAAUUCCGCCGAGGAGGACACCCUAGCUGAUUGUAACACGAUAGUUGCGGUGCAAACUAUGUUUAAAUUCUUCCCGAGCAUAAAGAGCAUAACGGAACUAUCCCAGUCGAGCAAUAUGCGUUUCAUGCAAUUUCGGGCGCAUGACAAGUACGCUUUGCACCUCAGCAAAAUGGAAAAGGUACUCCUCAGUGCUACUACCGAUGACAACUACUCCGAUGAGCCUUCAAUGGGCUCCCCGAGAGAAAAAGAGAGGGGAUCUCACAUAUCGUACAUGUUUCGACUGCCGUUCGCCGCUGGCAGCGUCUUCAGCGCUUCGAUGUUGGAUACUUUGCUUUAUCAAGCAUUCGUCAAGGACUACGUGAUAACAUUCGUGAGAUUAUUAUUAGGAGUGGACCAAGCGCCAGGAUCUGGGUUCCUCACGUCGAUGCGCAUAACCAAGGACGACAUGUGGAUAAGAACAUACGGCAGAUUGUACCAGAAACUCUGCUCGACCACUUGCGAGAUACCAAUUGGAAUCUACAGGACGCAGGACACUACUGUAUCUGAUUCGUCGCACCAGGGCGAUUCAGACGCGGAAAGCGACGCCGGCGUCGGUGUGACGUACAAGAUGCGUCAUUCGGCGGCAGCAUCGUGCCUUGCGAAUUGCGCCACCCGCGACAAGGGUGCAUCUGCUUAUUCGGUGAGCCUCGGCGACGAGGCGCGCGACAACCACGCGCAGCAGAUCGAACGAGCAGAGAUCGCAAACCUGGUGCGCUCGCGGAUGGAGUCGCUCAACCUACCGGUCGCCGAUUACGACGACGUAUCGGAGAAGCGCAGCAGUCUCUCUUACGUGAUCAUCAACCCGAGCUGUGACCUGAAACUCGAGGAGGGCGACAUCGUCUAUCUGGUGCGGCCGAGCCCGUUUUCCGCGCAGAAGACGUUCGAGCGGCACAACUCCCGGCGUAAGAGCAACAUCAGCUUCUGCUCGGCGCAGCUGGUGUCGCAGAUGAGCGCGGCGGUCGCGGCCGCGGGUCUCCAGACAGGUGGCCCGGGAAGCCGUCGUGGAUCCAGCAUAGGUCUGGCCAGGCCGCCGCCUCUCGGCACGACAAAGUCGAACUCGCUGUCCCUACCCGAUAGUCCCACCGUGGCCGGAACUCUGCGCGGUCGUUCGAACUCGCUGAGGGUGGUCGACGACAUCCUGCUGCGGCGAAGUAAUUCUCUGAGACAGAGUCUGACGACGACGACCAGGCGGAAGAGCAGUCUGGAGGAUAUUGGUCUGGGCGCGCUCUCGCACCCCUCCAAUCACAACCCGAUCAAGAUUGCCUUGAACGGCUCGAUCGGCCUGGAGGUUACACCGCCGGAAGAAGGCUCGCAGGGCGGCGGGGCCAGCAACACGGGUAUCCUGGACGUGGGCCUGCCUUCCAUGCCUGAGCUCAACGCGGCCUUCGGUCCCAGCCUCGGCGCGGGUCUUGGUGGGUCCCUGGGUGGCCUCUACGACCCACCCUCGCUUCAAUGCCCGAUAGGCUCACCCUGUCAGUCCCCCCAGAUGCAAGGUGCCACGCAGGAUCCGCAGCAUAUACAGGGAACAAUAGUAUGAUAUAACCUUAUGUGGGGACGCAGGCUCUCCGGCGUGGCUCGAAACAAGUGGCUGUAGCGUUCCCACAUUCGGCGUUCAAGGCUGGGCGUCGAGAACGGCGUCUCUACGGCAAUCGUAGCGAAUAGAGCGACAUUUUUCCGAUUCGAUCGAGCCGGAUAAAUGGGACGGCCGGAGAGCAAGGUGUUUGAAACCAAUUACGUCGGGCUGGUGACUGUUCUGAAUGUCGAAGGAUGCUUCGCAAUGUCGGGUAAAUUGGGGCGAAAUUACAUCGGCAAGGUUAAUUUGGCUCUAGUUUAGAACUGAUUGCGUCGACAAUAUUCCAACUUUGAUUCAUUUUCCGAAUCUUUCUACGCGUUACAGUUUUUAUGUGAGAAAAUAGAUGUACGUAAAUUAUUGUUAGUACUUAUCGAAGUAAUUGAUAAAAAGAAUGCCGAUAGAAAUUUGAAUGCUUACCUCCUUUAUCUCGGUAUUUUCGGCGCCAGGUUAAUAUUGUUGAACUAUUCUCGCUUCAAUUUAUGGUAGUGCUGUCCUUUUCAUUUCGAGGCGGUGCGAUUCAUUACAAUUCGUGGACCUAAGCGCUGGUAUAUCGAAUCGUAACUGUGAUAUGUCAGACUCUGAUUCUUUAUGGGACUACAGUUUUCUGCUUGGAAAGUCUCGAUGCGUGGAUGGAGAGUCACGUCGAGUAUCAGUCAGUAACUAGUACACGGUAAUUCAUUGUUAGAGAGCGAUGUAAUGCAAUGUUAUGAGAGAUUUGUUUUGGUGUACCUUACUUUUGUAAUUCGUACCUGUAGCAGGCUGCGUUCUUAAAACGUUUUGCUCUCUAGGUCGCCUCUAGCGUCCACGCAUGCGACUUCAUUCGUCAAAAUGUAAGAGCUCGAGUUAUAAUGCGAAAGGCAUUUUAAAAAAGCUCAUCAUACGAUAGCUAAUAUUCCGAAUCACUUGCGAUCAAUACAAAUUAUCACAAAAGUAUUUUCAUUUUCUGUGUCCUGGAUUCCGUUUUUAA